UGCUUAUGAAAUAUAUUAUAUUGCAUUUUAUGCGUAAUUCUGUUUAGCCUAUACUGUAUAUAUGCAUUUUCAAUUAUUUGAUGAACCGACAUCUGUCUUGAGUUCAACAUCCAUAGAUGAUAUCAGUGUUCCAGGAGAAAUCACAAACACAAUACUCCCUCUGCAGCUCUCAGUGAAGAAAAGAAGAGCGGGACAGGAGAGACGCAGACAGGCAGAGAAUGAUAGAGGGGUCUGUUUGUGGUGUCGUGGAGGCAGUGCUGUCUUCUCAGGUUCCAGCAUCGCCACACUGCUCAGCAGCAGAUAAUGAGCUUAGCCACUCUUGCUUGCGUACAUCAGUGCACAGGGGUUAGUUUCUGGAUUAACACACCCCGCUUGCAACUUAUCCAGCAAUCCCUCUAUAUGUUCUCCUUGUUUUGGGAGCACUGCUGACCUUUUUGCAAAGUUUUUGAUUUAAAAGUUUUGGAUCAGCUGAUGAACUACGAGUUGUCGGUUAUGGCCUCCAAACAAAUGAGCAGGAGGAGGUGAAGCUGGACAAUUGAAUCUAAGUGGGUGAGACUCCCACCAUUUCAGAUACCAGGACAGGGGGUUGCUCUGUCCACCCGACAGAAACAACCUUAUGCUACUCAUCAAUAACAAGGUCAGUGAUGAUGGGAGCUCAGCACAGUCCCUCCAAGAGGGGCAAGCCAUGGUGGACUCCCUUACAAAGGUGGUGGCAUGUUACCGGCACCUGGCUUCCUGUGUUGGUGGUUGCACAGACAGUAGGAGUUUGCGCCGUGAACUCCAGCAGACACGUGAGCGCGCUCAGACUCUCACACUAUCCUGUCGUAACCACCUAACAACCCGACUGAGGGACAAAACCCUGCCUGAGGAGGAAAGGAAGGUGACAGAGCUGCAGUGGGUGGCUUUCUCCUCUUGCUUGGAGCUUUUUUAUGCAGACAUGUGCAAAGUUUAUCACAUGGGCAACUGUUUCUCGGUGGCCAACAACAGUGCCACGGUGCAGACGGGCAUGCAGGGAGGUACGACAGAAGUAGCAGCUCAUGCUCUGAGCAUGCCUGAUCUGCAGGAGGAGCAUGGAGAGCAGACGGCCAGUAUUGAGGGCCUUGAGCAAAGCCAGCUGGAGCAAGAGAUUGCGCAAGUGGACCGCACUCUGGAAGACAUGGAGAUGAAGGUGAAUGUGCUGCGCUGGACAGUGGAGGCACGAGGGCCCCAGUACAGUGAGCCGCUCAGCUCUGACAGCGCUUCAUUGGCGCUCCUGUGCACUGAUGAGGAGGAGGCACAGGCACAUCUCUGUGAUCGGAGCCAGAUGUUCGUGGUGAUGCUGUUAGGUGGUGUGGCAGCCAUUGCUGUGGCACUGUCAGUGUGUGUAGUUUUCUUGGUCUGAGCCUACAUUGCUUGGAGAGCCUUGAAAUCUCAGAAAUUUUCCAAAGCCAACAAUGACUGGGGAAGGGGGGGGGUGUGUGUUCCCACAUAAAAGUCUCCCACAUAAGAGUUUCAGAGACAUUUACUUACUAGAUAUAAAGACAUGUAAAUCCCAAGAAUAUUAUGAUUUUGGAAACUCUGAGAAAAUGCUUUCUUAAAAAACAUUUCAUUAGCUGGUCCCAU